AAAUGCCCUAUAAAUGGAUCAAAGCUUCGGGUGCAUCUGAACAACUUAUCUGCAUCGAUACCCACUGCUACCAACAUGGCUGUCUCAAGGCUUCAGCUGAUAAUUGUUUGGGGACUGCUUGUCUUAAUCCUCACGUGCCAGGCGGAUGACAAACCAGUUGGCAAGCCAGAUGACUCAAACAAAAACCCACAACGAGAGUUCCCCAAAUUCCUAAACCUCUUGGGCUCAGAGAUCAUUGAGAAUGCCGUGGCGUUCGUCCUCAGCUCCCUGAGGAGCGGCACGUGAGCGCUGAGACAAACCUCGACUCCAUUCUGUCCACCUGCUGAGUCUAAUGAUUUUGUAAAAUCCAAUCCAAAGACAAGCUCUGUGAAGACACCACAGACCCCUAUGAUUAGAAAAUUCAACUAUUCAGACCCUGGGAUUUCAUAAUGCUUUGCAGGAAUAAACACCAAACCAAUAGAUUUAAAGAGAUAAUUAUGCACACGUGACUUGUCAAAUUUGAACUAUUAUGGAAAUCUUAGAUCUUAUUGCUUAAUGACAUAGGAAAACUUGGAGAAGAAAAGUAGUGCUCAAAUGUUAUAUCUUAGUGAUCAUUCUAACAUUCCUGAUCAGUCUAAAUCAUAAUUCAUUUUUUCUCUAUUUUUUUCAAGAGGAUUUUUUGAAUAGGGUGAUAAACGAAAACAUUCAUCAAAGUGAUUUCCCCAAAUGAUUUUAACUUAAAAACCUACAACCCAAAAAUAAUAUAUUGAACAAAGGAAAAAGUGUCUGUCUGAUUUAUUUAAUAAAUUUGGGCAUCCAU